AUGGCAGAAACUGCAGUGUCAUUUGUUUUGCAAGAACUAGGCCAAUUUGUAAUAAAAGAAAGUUGCAAAUUUGCAGUAGAAGAAAGAGCUUCGGUAGCGGGGAUUGAAAGAGACUUCAAUGACAUCAAAGAUGAACUUGAGAACAUCCAUGCUUUCCUCAAGGAUGCAGAUAGAAAGGCUUCUGAUGAUGGCGGAGGAGGAGGAGGAGGAUCCAAUGGAGUCAAAACAUGGGUGAAGCAGGUGAGAGAAGCGUCUUUUCGGAUAGAAGAUGUCAUUGAUUACUACAAUAUGUAUUUGGCAGAGAAGGCAAGUCAAUCUAUAUUCAAAUCUGCGAUCCAAAUGAUUCCGGGCUUGAACACUAUCAUGAAUACAGAUCAUCAGAUUGUUUCUGAGAUUCGAGACAUCAAGAUGUCACUUGCUAGAAUCAAAGAAAGAAGUACGAGGUUUGAGUUUCGGUCUGACAAUGAAGCGGGAAGCCAUAGAGGGACUAAAGCUCCUAGAAUUGGCGACCCUCGAAUGGCUCCGUAUUUCAUUGAAGAGACUCAAGUUGUAGGGUUUGAAUCCGCGCGAGAUGAGUUGGUCAGAUGCUUGGUGGAGGGAAACAAGGAGCUCAUGUUGGUUGUUGUGUUUGGCAUGGGAGGACUCGGGAAAACUACUCUCGCAAAGCAUGUUUUUGAUAACCAGAUAGUGAAAAGUAGCUUCGAUUGUAGAUCUUUCAUCACGGUUUCUCAAACAUACACUAUCAGAGAGCUGUUGACAGAAAUGAUAAAGAAGUUUUGCAAGGACAGCAAUGAGCCUAUUCCGAGGGGUCUGCAGAAGAUGGAUGACGAAGCGUUGAUUAAUCAAGUGAGACAAUACCUUGAGUCGAAAAGGUACUUGGUUUUAUUCGAUGAUGUUUGGAAAGAUAAUUUUUCCGAUGAGAUUGUACAUGCCUUAAUUAGUAAUAACAAAGGAAGCAGAAUCAUUGUGACAACUAGAAAAAUGCAAGUAGCAGAAUAUUCUAAGAGCUCUUUUCCUGUUCAUGUUCAUGAGCUACAACCUUUGUCUCCAAACAAAGCAUGGGAGCUGUUUUGCAACAAGGCGUUUAGAGGGCGGUGUCCAACAGAACUCGAGGAGAUGUCCAGAGAAAUCGUUCAAAAAUGCGGAGGGCUGCCACUAGCAAUUGUGGCCAUCGGUGGUCUUUUGUCAACAAAAGCCAAAACCAUGUUCGAGUGGGAAAAGGUGAGUCGAAAUCUGAGAAUGGAGCUAGAUCGCAACGUGCAUUUAACUAGUCUAGUAAAGAUUUUAUCUCUUAGUUAUGAUGACUUGCCUUACCGUUUGAAAUCAUGCAUGCUAUACUUCGGUAUAUAUCCUGAGGACUACACGAUCAAUCGGAAGAGACUUACUAGACAAUGGAUGGCCGAAGGGUUUGUUAGGCACGAGGAGGGAAGAACUUUGGAGGAAGCUGCUGAAGAGUGCCUGACAGAGUUGAUACAAAGAAGUUUGGUUAAUGUUUCGAGAGGUGGCUUUGAUGGAAAAGUCAAGAGUUGCCAAGUCCAUGAUUUGUUGCGCGAAGUGAUCAUUAGAAAAAUGAAAGAUUUAAGCUUCUGUCAUUUAUGCCAUAAAGAUGACGAACAAGUCACUGUCGGAAUAACUAGACGCUUUUCUAUAGCAGCUAUCUCCAACAACGACGUGACAAACACUAGCAACUCAGGAAUUCGUGCUAUAUUUGUUUUCGACAAAGGUGAAUCUCCUAAAAAGCUCAUGGAUGGAUUAGCCACCAAGUUCAAGCUUCUGAAAGUGCUUGAUUUUGAGAAUUCUUUGUUGAAUUCUAUUCCUGAUAACUUGGGGAAUCUUUUCCAUCUAAGGUACUUGAACCUGAGUCAUACGCAAGUUACCGUUCUUCCCAAAUCCAUCGGUAUGCUAGUCAACUUAGAAACCUUGGAUCUAAGGCAAACACCAGUGCAUGAGUUACCAAAAGAGAUAAACAAGCUCACAAAGCUAAGGCUUCUUCCGGCGUAUUAUAGAAAAUACGAAGGGCAUUAUGCUAUGUUGAACUUUACAAUCGGAGUGAAAAUGCAAAAAGGUAUUGGAAGCUUGAAAUCCUUACAAAAACUUUACUUUUUGGAAGCAGAUCACGGUGGAAACGACCUUAUCCAAGAGCUCAAAAAGUUGAAACAGUUAAGAAAGUUAGGCAUAAAGCAUGUUCGGGGAGAAUACGGAAACGCUUUAUGUGAAGCAAUACAAGAGAUGGAUCACCUUGAAUCUCUGAAUAUCGGUGCUAUAGCUAAGGAUGAAAUCCUUGACUUGGAUCUUGAAUCAGCUCCAACCUAUCUUAGAGUGCUCAACUUGAAAUGCAAACUGACAAAGUUGCCUGAAUGGAUUCCAAAUCUCAAGUAUCUUGUGAAGCUAAGACUCGGUUUGUCUAACUUCGAAGACGAUCCACUAGACUCUCUGAAGAAUUUGCCGAAUCUGUUGAGGCUGAAUUUGUGGGAUGAUGCGUUUUCUGGUAAGAGAUUACAUUUUCAGAAAGGAGGGUUUCAUAAGCUGAAGGAGCUGGACCUGACUAGACUAAGUAGACUAAGUUCGGUAUCUAUAGACAAAGACGCGUUACAUUGUCUCGAACACUUCAGAUUUAACAAUAACCCUCAACUGAAGGUGGUUCCGCAAGACCUCCAAAACUUGAAAAAACUUCAGUUUCUCGGAUUUGCUGAUAUGCCGGUUGAAUUAGUGGAUAGCAUUGAUCUAGAGAAAGAUGGACCGUGCCAUUGGAUUAUCAAUCAUAUUCCGCUUGUACUAAUUCGUCAGAAAGUAGGACAAAAAUUUCAUGACUAUGAGUUGCGCCCGAUUCCAACUCAACUCAAUAUCUAA